GAAAAAAAACAAGAGUGCUCUCGGUUGGCGCUAUUUUGUGUAAAAAAGUAUUAAAUUCAGAGAAAUCUAAAUAAAGUGAACAAAUUUGUUUGUGAAUUAUUAUUCCUUGGUUUAUUUAAAAUAGAUCUGUGCUUCGAGGAAUUUGAAGAAACAUACUGAGGCGUGAUUUUUAAGAUAGCCCAAUGGGUCUGUUAACUAAAAGUGUGCCAGUAAGCUACUGAAGCUUAGUGUUGGCCUGCUUUUGAGGAAUUGAAUGGCGAUGUAUUACUACGCAAGUAAGCUGAAUGAAGCAUCAUGUAGCGGGUGUAACAUUAAGGUGCCACCACCCCCCAGCGACCCGGCCCCCGUCCCCCCACCACCCACCGACCAUGCUCCUCUUCCACCUGACCCAGCUCUCUUGCAUGGCACUGGACUCUCUUACUAUGAUAAUGAUGAUUAUUAUUCCAUGGUGAGAGGCAAUAAGUUUAUGACAGAAAACUCUUGUAAACAUCUUGUUAUGAAUGGUGGUUUAAAUUUUGUCACACAGAAAGGAGAUGCUACACAGUUGCAGGCUGUGGGUGUAAAGACACUAACAACAUUUGUGAAUUGCCCAGUGGAGAAGACGGAUCUUGAGUAUAAAGAUGGGCAGCUUGUUAGUGCUCCCUUGGAUUCACUGGUAGACAUGCUGAGGCCUGGAGCAAACAAAUCCUAUACAUUCACAUUCCUAUUGUGUUCCCGACUUUUUAUUAAGCCUCACGAAUUACUUGGAAAGCUGUGUAAACGCUACUUUAAAACAUAUGACAAGAUUGGAAGGGCGGAAGUGAAAGAUCUAGUAGAAAAAGAGUUAACAGACAUGAGAGCACUAGUGAGAGUGUUGACACAGUGGACCAGUAUGUUCCCCUAUGACUUCCGUGACGAUAGAGUUAUGGCACUUGUUCGGAAUAUUACACAAAGAUGUGCAGCAGAACACAUGUCUUCAGUAAGGGUGGAAGUAUCAACAAUGCUAGAGAAACUUCUGGAUAAAUUAACAGCACUUGAGCAGUACGAAGAAACAUUGGUUGAAAUACCUCAAGUGACAUCUGUAGAACAGUUAGCUCAGGGAGAUAUUCUUACACUUGGUUUAACACCAGCUGAGCUGGCAAACCAAUUGACUAUAGUUGAGUUACAUCGACUGUCAUUUGUUGGUCCAGAGGAAUUUGUGCAAACUUUUGCUCCGACACAGCCACAACAACCAACUUCUUCUUGUGGGAAGACACCCAUCAAUCUGCACCACAUUGACAUGAAGAGCACAAGAAAUCUGGAAGCUUACGCUGACUGGUUUAAUAGACUCAGCUACUUAUGCGCAACUGAUAUUCUAAAGGCCGUAAAAAGCAAAUACAGAGCUCGAGUAAUAGAACAGUGGGUUAUGACGGCUAGAGAAUGUUUCAACCUUGGAAAUUUCAACUCCCUCAUGGCCAUCAUUAGUGCUCUGAAUAUGUCUCCAGUAACACGUCUUAAGAAAACGUGGAGCCGCACGUCUGGAGUCUGCGGCCAGCAACUGCGUCAGUUGGAAUUAUGUGUUGAACCUAGUGGCAACCACGCAAGAUAUCGAGCAGCGCUAGCGGCUGCACCUACUGAAACUGCCGUGCCAUUGCUGUCCGUCACUUGCAGGGACCUGCAUUUUGCUAAUCAAGGCUCCUCAUCAAAAUUGGGCGGUAACCGCGUGAACUUCGAGAAGUGGUCCCUGCUGGCGCGGCACGUGAGCCGGCAGCUGGCGGCGCGGCGGCUGUGCGGCGACGAGCCGCCGGCGCCCGCGCCGCCGCCGCCGCACGCGCCCGCCUGGCGCUUCUUCAACGAUACACCCACGCUCACCGAGACCGCACUGGAACUGGUGUCAUUCGAGCGCGAGCCGCCUGUAGACCACAUGGAGAAGGAACGAUUAAAACGUCUGAAGGCAGCUUAACCUGACUAUCCUGUGAUUCUAAUACAUCUGAUAUUAUUGCUACUUAUCAAAACUUAAUUACUAGUGAACUUUUCCAGCACCUAAAACUAGCGGUAUUAUAAUUUAUUUUAGGCUAUAGUCUUCUUUACGAUUCAAACAAUUUACGACCACGUUGGUACAGUCGUGAUCGCAGCAAAAAAGGUUAUACCU